GAUUAAUCCGCGGCAAAAACGCUUUGGCAUAGCGCGAGUAGGCCUUGUGAUUGCACAAAAAACUUGUUCCAAGUGCGCCAGCACUCUUCAGGACCAACGGUUGCACCAGACACUGUUUCUCCAGCUCUUCUUCUCCGCAUCGCGGAUUGCACUCGGCUGUGCUGCCAGGCCUCUCCUCAGUCGCUCGCGAGUGCCAGACCACAAAUGGCCGCCCACCUGCUCGCAAAUGACGACGACCAACUCUUAAUAGACAGCCACGACCUGAACACAACGCCGCUGCGCGGAAACGAACGAGACGGCGUCACGCACGCGCAAGGGACGUGGCCGCUCGACGCCCUGCCCUGCGGCUGGCGGCCCAUCGACAUCCAGGUGAGCGGCGCCGCGGCGGCCGUCGACAUGCCCCGGCCCAAAGGCAUUUUGUUGUCGUCGCGCGCGCCCGCGCGCGAGGCCUUCGCGCGCACCGUCUCUAUUCAGAACGGCGACGUGAGGAGAGCGGCGCUCGCGGCCCUGGGGUGCUGUGCCGCGUCGCCCGUGGACCGCCUCGCCUAUUUUCGGGAGAAGGCGGCUAUUGAUGAUGCGUCCCGUUCUGAAGAGGCCCUCGCCGUGCUAACGGAGCGCCUCGCGACUGGUAAUCCGCCGCGGUGCGUCGACCUGGGAGCUGGGACGCUCUCCUUGUUACCGGUGAUAGCGAAAGCCGUGAAAGCCGCCGGCUUCGCGACCUUCGAAUACCUGGCCGUCGAUAGGGACCGCGACGCCCUGGCCGAGGGUCUCGCCAAGCUCCAGAUCCAAAACACGCCGUGGCCCGCGGACGCGGACCCGCUCGCCUCUCGGAGUUUUGAAAGAUUGAGACACGGGAUCUGUGAUAUAGGAGGAGUGCGAUGUUCAAUAGCCGUGGUUUGUGGAGAUGCGCUCGACGCGGACGCCUUCGGCUCCUUUGAUUUAGUGUGUGGCAGCGCCUUCGCCGAUCUGGUAAGACCCGAGAUCCUCGCGGACGGGUUGAGGAGGAUAGGCAAGCCGCGCGGGACGGCCUAUCUGCCCAUCACUUUUUCAGGCAAGACGGAGCUGCAUCCACACGGCGCCGAGGAGCUGUUGCGGGCCUACGACGCCCAUCUGGUCGAGGACCAGAAGCAAUACACGGACGUCGAGAGGUUGAUCCAGAUCCUAGAAAGGAACGAGUGCAGUAUAUUAUCGCGGGCUUCGUCCGACUGGCGCGUGCCUCUAUCGCACGCGUUCGCACCUUAUCUAAUCGACUUUAUCGGAUGCGGGGCGGUGCCUCGCUUCUUCGGCGGCCCGAAAGCUGUUGACGCCGUGCGCUGGGCCCGGGAGCUGCGCGACCGAAGGACCGGGAUUUUAGUAGCGCGGAACGUUGAUCUUGUAAUAGCGUUGCCGGCCGACGAGCUCCAGUCGGCGACGCGCGCGACGCGGAGUCAUCGGAGGGGCGACUCGCUGACGCAGUUCCUGGGGCUUCCCGGUACAGACUAGGCCUCGUAAUUCAUACAGACAUUAAC